AUGAAUAUACCCAGUAUCAACAAUGACAUACACCAACACCAACACCAACAACAACAACAAAAGUCCUACAAAAAGUUUGGACAGUUUUUGUUGUCCCUAAAAAUCGAACCGUUCAUCUUUCUCUAUAUGCUAUCCAUUAGUCUAUCAGAUAUUACAACCAAUCAGCUGAUCCAGGAUAAGAUAUGCCUGAAUCAGUUUAACCAGUCCAGCAACUAUUAUAUAUAUUAUCUAUUAUUAUGGUACAUACCCAGUGCACUAUUUGGCGGCUGGACAACCGUUAUACUAAUGUGCUAUAGCUAUYUGGCCAACAAUACGCCCCGGGAGUAUCGGUUUAUCAAGUUUAUGAUGUUUGAAAUUGCCCACACKUCAGCCAACCCGUUGGGCAUCUAUUUGGGCGGUCARCUGUUGGGCAGCGGUAAUCUACUGCCGACCGACAAUGAACUAYAYAAUUAUAGUACAGUUUAUAUAACUUGUUUGGCAAUAAUCGGUGUGGCAUUUGUUUGGCUACUAUUACUGGUCAAUGAACAACARAUAUCAKMCAAYGAYAGUGAUGUCGAUGCUGAUGAUGAAAAUGCUAACAUAGUGUUUGCAGACAACGAUAAUAAUGCUGAGCGACAAUCACUGAUUSGUGGUAUCAACAGUUCUCGUCGUCGCCAAMGAAGCGAUAGUCUGAUGACGACAUCARCUAAUUGUUGYGAUAAACAACUGUCCGCCGCCUCCGCCGCCGCUAACCAGCCAUCAUCGUCAUCAUCAAUGGACAGUCGGUUUUCAAUUGUGCAAAUGUUUGACAUCAACAAUGUUUGCGAUAUGUUUGCCGCGGCCGUCAAAUGGCGGCCAAAUAACGGCUGCCAACAGAUCUGGUUGCUAUAUCUGUCRCAGUCGGURAUAGUAUUGUCGGCUAUCAACCAGUUGGACGUACUGUUUCCGUAUGUGGAAAAAGUCUAUCACUGGGACUCMCGACAGUUUAGUACAAUCAAAUCGMUAUCGAUWRCCGUAUUGGCAAUAGCUAUGGCCCCGAGUGGCUAUCUAUUGUCGGGUARACUGAAACUAAGCGAUACGAAAGUCGGUUUAAUUAGUUUUCUAUCGUURCUAUUGUCGUGCAUUGCCGUCGGYACUAUAACUACCAGUCCACUGGGCCUAUAUGUUGCCUAUGCUACUGGUUCGGCAUCGGGUUUGGCUACUGUAGCCAUACGAUCAUUGUURUCGAAAAUAGCAUCGGAAGCCGAAUCGGGUAAAAUAUUYAGUGURUCGACAGUUUUCGAAACAGUUAUGCCGGCCGUCCAGUCRUUAGUCUAUAACUUUAUAUUUCARUACACAAUCGGUUGGUAUCCGAGUCUAGUCUUUCAUAUWGCCGGUGCUCUAGUGUUUGUCCCGUUAAUCAUAUUUAUAUGGAUUGAUAUUAAUUAUAAUCAUCUGUAUCUGUGA